AUGGCGACUGCUGAAGAACGUAAGCUUGAACUAGAACGUAAGAAGCAAAAACUAGCUGAGAUUCGAGAAGAAAAGCGACGUCGGGAAGAAGAGCGACGACGGAAUUUGCUAAAAAAUACAAAUUUGGAAAAUGGAACAGGUGUUGAGUUACCAAAAAUAUUUUCGCAGAAAGAUUUGGAUGAAUUACUUCAACCUUUGGGAAUACCAGCUCAGCCUCAGAUUGAGCGUUCCACUUCUUCAAAUAAUGUAGACUUUCCUACUGUGGAAGGUGUUGGCAUUGGUGAACGAUAUUCAUCUCUUUCUACUUCGCAAAAACUUAGUGUUUGUGAAGCGCAAGUGAUUUCUGUUCCACCCAGAGAUGCGGCAAGCUACUGUAAAACGACACAGACAGAUGACGAUCGAGUAUCAGCUGGUGAAUUUAGCUUAGGUUCUCAAGAAUUCGACUAUGAUGAAGAAAUGACAAUGCUGGACAAACAUUUGGAAAUUAAUUUUGAUGAAUCACCGACACGGGAAAUAGCCAGCAUACUACCAAAUUUUAAUUUCGGAGUACGACAGCAGCAAGAGCCUGGAGAAGAAAAGAAGCAAGACGAACCAAAAAUUCCUGAUCUUAGUGAAGGGGAAAAGUUGCAAAUUCUCAGUAGUUAUAAAUUUCAACAAUUUUUUGAUUACAGUUCACGUGUGAUGGAACGCCAAUUAGCUGAAGAAGUUGACUUUUUCAUUGAUUAUUCUCGUGACGAAGCUACUGAUAAAAAAGCCGACAAUGGUGAAAAAUUAGUGUUUUCCAGAAAAUUUGUUGAUGAAAGAUGGAGUGCAGGAAGAGCUGUUACGGGUAUUGACCAUUGUGUGCAACAUCCGGAACUGUUCGCCGUAUCUUAUGAUCAGAACCAUGAUUCUCCUCUUGAUCCCGUCGGAGUCGUACAAGUGUGGAGCUGUCGUUUUAAGAAGCCGACAGCUGAAUAUACUUUCUAUUGUCAGUCACUAAUUACCAGUGUAGCAUUUGCGAAGUUUCAUCCAAAUUUGAUUAUGGGUGGUUGUUAUUCUGGUCAGAUUUGUAUGUGGGACAAUCGACUCAACAAGAAGACACCUGUGAAUAAGAGUCCCUUAUCAUCACAAGCACAUACUCAUCCUGUGUUAAGCAUGGCUGUAGUGGGUAGCCAGAACGCACACAACUUAAUCAGUAUAUCAACUGAUGGGCGACUUUGCUCAUGGAGUGUAGACAAUCUAAAUCAGCCAAUUGAUGUGAUUGAUUUAGCAUGGAAGCAGAAGCAAGUAACAUGCACAUGCAUGUCGUUUUGCUUAGAUGAUGCCAAUAAUUUUGUAGUAGGAAGUGAGGAAGGAAAUCUUUAUACGGCUGGAAGGCAUGGUAAUAAAGGUGGAAUUAAUGAGGGAUAUGAAAAUCAUAUUGGACCAAUAACAGGCGUUGAUACACAUAAAGCUUCUGGUGUUAUAGAUUUAUCACAUUUAUUUUUAUCAUGUUCAUUGGAUUGGACUGUAAAAUUGUGGAGCACCAAGGAAACUCGGCCUAUUUGUUCCUUCGAAAAGCAUGGAAAUUAUGUUACAGAUGUUGUUUGGUCUCCUGUUCAUCCCGCUGUUUUCACAUCUGCAGACGCAAGUGGAAAUGUAUUUUUAUGGAAUUUGAAUGAAGACACAGAAGCUCCUGUGUCACAUUUGCAAAUGGAAGGCAGUGUUGGAGUUCGAAAGAUGAAGUGGAUGCAAAAUGGUCAACAACUAAUUGUCGGUGAUGAAAAAGGUAAUUUAUAUGUCUAUGAUGUCCACGAAAGCCUGACAGAUUGCAGACCAGACGAGUGGUCAAAAUUAUCAAGGACACUUCGUGAUAUCAAGCAUGCUAGCGAUGAAGCAGAUGAAUUGUUGGAAGCAAUGAAUGGCUACAACACAACAUCAAUCGGAGUCAGUUCUAUGACUAAUACUGCAGUGAGUGUAUCUGGAUUAUCACCCAGACAACAGUGGUAG